AUAUACUCUCUGUCUCUCUCUCUACAAAUAUUAAAGAACGGAGGUUACCAGUUCAUCACAUUGAGAAGCGCAUGUAGAGAGAGAGAGAUGGGUUACUUGGUUGCAGAGUAUGAACCAAGCUCCACACCACCAAAGCUAUCUUUGUUCUCACUUCCAAGCAAGCCACAGGAGCCUCCAGGGAUGCAAACACCACCAAUCCAUACCUUAGCUUCAAUUCCAUUCCAAUGGGAGGAGGCACCAGGCAAGCCUAGAGCCACCACCACCUCCACUACUCCACAAUCCAAGACUGUCAGGUCCUUAGAACUGCCUCCAAGACUGUUGACUGAGACCAAAAUCACUACCCCUAUGCCCUCCCCGACCACCGUGUUGGACGGACCUUACGAAGGUCGGUCUUUGUCUCACACAUUAUCGUUUUCUUUUCGAAAGGGGCAGUCUACGAACCUUGAGGGAGGUCUGGUUGGUGGUGUAAGGUAUAGAAAGAGAAACAGUACUAAGGAUAGACUUAGCUUUGUUGCUUCGAGGUGGGGCAGUUUCAAGGAGAAUAGUGGGGUUGUCAUGGAUAGUUUUGACUUUUCAUCUUCUGUAAGUAGUGGUGCUCAGCCUCAGAGUGAUUCGAAGGUGAAGAUCACAAAGGUUAGAAGAAGAAGCAGCUUCUUGAGUUUCUCUCACACCAGUUCUCACUUGUGGACAAACAUUUAUGAAGGCUUUAAGCAGGCGGUCCCAUGGAGACGAAGACAAUAAUAAAAUAAGAGAAUGGUGGGCCAGUGAUCGAGCCUGCUUCCAUCUGCUCAAUAACCUGCCUGCCCUCGCUUGCUUGCUCUUAUUUUCCGUUUCAUUUCUUGUAGAUCUGGUGGCUAUUGAAUGGUUAAUGGAUAAUUGAGUGAAGAGUUUAUACAUGUCAUGUAGUAUUGAUAUUACGGAUAAUUGUCUGUGAG